AUGUACUCCCCCAAAGUCGGCGACAGGCUAUCCAGCCUCGACACGCCCUCAAUGAUCGCCGACCUCGACCUCGUCCAAGCCAACAUCCAAAAACUCAUGUCCAAACUCCUCCCCACGGGCCUGAACAUCCGCCCGCACCUCAAAACAACCAAGAGCGCCAUCCUCGCCAACAGGCUCGUCGCCGCCGGCGCAAAGGGCGGCUGCGUCGCCAAAGUCAGCGAGGCCGAAGCCAUCGCCGCCACGGGCUUCGACGACCUACUCAUUACAUGUGAGAUUAUUGGCGCCCCCAAGGUCCAGCGCCUUGUGGAAUUGUUCCGCUCGCACCGUCAGAUCCGCAUCGUCGUCGAUAGCAACGUCGGUGCCUCGGCGAUUAAUGAUGCGUUGGCUAGUUCCGGGAUCGACGAGCCGAUUUCGGUGCUGAUCGAUCUCGAUGUCGGACUUCAUCGCACGGGCGUUAAGCCCGGGGAGCCGGCGCUCGCUCUGGCGCGCCAUAUUGCCAAACAGCCGCAUCUGAAUCUCAUUGGUGUGCAGGGGUACGAGGGCCAUUUGCAGCAUCUGCAUGACCGUGAAGAUCGCAAGGCGCAGUGCCUGCAUUCAAUGAGUAUCCUGACCGGCACUGCGGACGCGCUGCGCAGCGCCGGCUACAAUAUCGACGUCGUUACAACCGGCGGAACGGGCACGGCCGAGUUCUGUGCCACUGUCCCCGGCGUGACGGAGCUGCAGCCUGGCUCAUUUAUCUUCAUGGAUACCGAUUAUCGCAAUGCCGUGGGCACGUUCUAUUCCAGUAGCCUAACGAUUCUGUCGACGGUCGUGAGCAAACAGGGUCCCCGCGCCGUGACUAUUGACAGCGGGUUGAAGUCGUUGACUACUGAUAGUGGGUUGGCUGAGUGCAAGGACUCGAGGUAUACUUAUGGAGUUCUGGGUGAUGAGCAGGGCUCCUUGACUUGGGAGGAGGGCACGCCGGAUCUUGCGGUUGGGGAUCGCGUUGAGAUGAUCCCGAGCCAUAUUGAUCCCACGGUUAAUCUGCAUGAUUUCUAUUUUGCGUAUCGCAAUGGGGUGAUUGAGGAAAUUUGGCCGGUGGAUUCGAGGGGAAAGGUGCAAUGA